AUGGAACUUCUUUUCCAAUUAUAUCGAAGUGAUCGAAUUUACAAUAGAAGUUUAAAAGUAAAUGGAAUGACACAUCAAAUGGCAAUGUCAAUAUUUAAAAUUAAGACAUUUCUUGCUUAUUUUAUUUAUUUUGUUCCAAAAAAUUUGUCAGGCAAAGUAAAUGAUUCUGAGGGAGUUAAAAGAUAUUUUGUGUCUAUUGUUGAUCAAGCAUUGCAACAAAAUGAAAGUCCACAAGUUCUUUAUGCAAAAGCUUUGUUUAUUUUAAGUACUACAAUUAAUUUGGUUAAAGAUUUACCCCAAUGCAGUAUUGGUGUACGUUAUAUUUCCAAUCUUUUUCCUGAUAUUGAAAAAAUUGGGAAAAAUAUAUUAUAAAUUAUUUGAAGAAAAUACGUUUUUUUUAUUUUAUUAUUUUUGUGAUUUUGCUUAAUUAAUUUUUAAAUUAAUUGUUUUUGUAUUUUUAUAAAGCUUGCAUCUUUUAUCUUUCACAUUUUUAUAUUUGCAUUUGUAAAUGUCGAAAUGAAAUAAAUUUGUAAGAGCUAAGUUUUUACUGUAAUAUCUUUUAGUUGGAAAUUUUCAUGAAGAAUUAUAAGAAAUAGAUAAGCUCGUGAUUUGAGACUAAAAAGUUAAAAUGGGGUAACUUGAGAUUGAAAUUGUAAUCUUUAGGAUGCGUAAAUUUACUGUUAGAUGCCGGUGAUUCGGCGGUGCCGGUGAUUCGGUUCCUAUUUUUGGUUUGGAUUUAGUGUUCGAAUUUUUGAUAUCCAUGAUUUCCCAGGAUCUGCCGACUUUU